ACAGGGAAAAUGGCGGCGUGCAGGUACAGCGUCGUUCUGAUAGCUUUUGCGCUUCUCGUGUGCGACUCUACAUGUGCAACCCCGAAGAAUGAUGAGGGGGACACGGCUGAAAAAACAGAAUCCGAUAUUGCUGAUGACGUUACGCUUGCUGAAGCCGUUCAUACACAGAAGUCAGACGCGGUUUCGCAGACACAGGCCGGCAGGACCCCUAACCCUGAGACCCCGGAAUCUAAGCAGAAGGAAUCGCUGAGGCAGUGGGAAGCAACAGAGGUGACUGUCGACACUAACGCUGAUGUCCAGAGCAACGAAGAGGCACCAGAUCGGCGCGAUGCAGAGGUGAUUGAUUCUGUACCGCCACCGCCGCCGCCGAAAGACCAGUUUCAAGAGGAACUGGUAAUCCGACCGCUUCAAUCUGGAGACAUUUAUGCAAGCUUCCAGUUCCGCACUCGCUGGGACACAGACUUCUUCCAGCAAGGGAGAAAAGUGGCACACUACAGACUGUUUCCAAAGUCUUUGGGCCAGGUGAUUACGAAGUUCUCCCUCCGCGAGCUGCACAUCUCCUUCACCCAGGGAUACUGGCGGACCAUGCAGUGGGGGCAGCCCUUCCUGUCCGCGCCCCCCGGGGCAGAGCUGUGGGUGUGGUUCCAGGACACAGUCACCGAUGUGGACGGAGCCUGGAAGGAGCUCACCAACGUGCUGUCAGGAAUCUUCUGUGCCUCCCUUAAUUUCAUUGACUCGACGAACACUGUUCAACCUAGCGCCUCCUUCAAGCCCCUGGGCGUGGGGAAUGUGACUGACCAGCGCUUCCUGCGAUACGCUGUGUUGCCACGAGAGAUUGUGUGCACAGAAAACCUGACACCAUGGAAGAAGCUGCUUCCCUGUGGCUCUAAGGCUGGCUUAGCUGUUCUGCUGAAGUCUGAGAAGCUUUUCCACAGCAGUUUUCACUCGCAGUCGGUUCACAUACGACCAGUAUGUCAGGACUGGCAGUGCACAUCCACAGCGUGGGAGCUGAGGCAGACGCUGGGUGUGGUGUUCGACAUGCACACAUCUGGGCAGAGCAGGAGGGAGUGGUCCCUGUUCAAGAUGUUCUCCCGCACACUGACGGAGGCUUGUCCCCUGGCCUCUUCCAGUAAAGUGUAUGUGGACAUCACCGACAACAGCCAGGGGGAACUGUUUGACCUGACGCCAGCUACACCCACUCUCAGCCAGGCGGUGGUGCUUGGCGACCGCAGGACCUACUCCGUGUAUGACCUCACAACCCCAGAACCCUUCGGAACACUGCGCAGCCUCAACGUUCUGCUGAAGUGGAAAACGACGGACGCAGCAGACAUGCUGCGGCCCCUUCUGCAUGGCGAGCGCUACGUGGCGGGGUACGGGCUGCAGACGGGCGAGAUCCACACCCUGAUCUACAACAACCACCCGUACCGGGCAUUUCCCGUGCUCCUGCUGGAGAUGGUGCCCUGGUACCUGCGCCUGUACAUCCACACGCUGACCGUCACCAGCAAGUCCCGCGAGAACAAGCCCAGCUACAUUCACUACCAGCCCUCCAAAGACCGCUUACGCCCCCACCUACUGGAGAUGCUCGUGCAGCUGCCCCCCAACUCUGUCACUGAGGUAACGGUGCAGUUCGAGAGAGCGCUGCUCAAGUGGACUGAGUACACGCCGGACCCCAACCACGGCUUCUAUGUCGGGUCUUCUGUCAUCAGUGCCCUGGUGCCAAGCGUUGUCGCCAUGGAUACCAACAGCACAAAGGAACAUCCGCUGUUCAGCAGCUUUUUCCCCUGCAAAGAGGAGUCUGCGUACUUUGUGCGUGUGUACACCGAGCCCCUGCUGGUGAACCUGCCCACACCGGAUUUCAGCAUGCCCUACAACGUCAUCUGCCUCACCUGCACCGUGGUCGCCGUGGGCUACGGCUCCCUCUACAACCUGCUCACCCGCACCUUCCAGGUGGAGGAGCCCAGCCCAGGGCUCACCAAGCGCCUGGCCAACGUCAUCCGCUGGCUCAGGGGCGUGCCGCCGCUGUGAGCUCAACGUCAAAUGCAGCGUCGUCCCACUCUUCAGAAAACACGCAGGGGAACGCCAGCCCGGCACAGCUCAUUGCUGCUCACUCUGUCAGAACAUUUCACCUGGAGUUGCUGUGUUUCAGCUCUGAGGAGGGAAUGAGGAACUGGGCUUAAAGUCCACCAGAAGAUCAUUGAUGGGCCACUUUGCAUGGCUGGGACGCAUGCAUUUUACUGACCAUUCCUCUGCUCUGAGUGACUGGGAUAUGAGUUUCUACAGAAAGCAGAAAGGAGGGGAGUGGAGGGAAGGGGGGAUGGGGGGGGAACUGUUUUAUUUAUUUUUGGCUUUACUGUGAAACCACUCGUACAUUUUGAGUGAAUUCCUGGUCUGUGACCAGAGUUUGGAGCACACUGUUGAGUGCAAGAAAAGUUGAAACCACUAAACUGUACUCUGUUGAACAGUGCCUGCCAUAUUCCCCAGCAUUAUCUGCGUGUAGCUACAGAACUGAAGGGGAAGGGAGCACGCUGUUGCUCAGUCUAGUGUGUUCUGCCUUCAGAUUAGUGUUGCACUGUGUACUGGAUACUGAACAGGGAACUAGCGGUGACCAUCUGUUUUUGAUGGAGACCAACAUUGCUGAGGUUAUGCAGAAUCUGUUUUCUCUCCAGGUCCAGUGCUAACAAGUCAGAGACUCAGGGAAACAGCUGUCUUCUUGUUCUGUUAGACACAGUCCCUAUCUUCUGCGCUUUACUGGAAGUGCAAAAAUGCUAUGUGUGCGCAGCAAUAACAUGCUUUCCAAAAGUCUUUAUGCUCUCUUACCCGCUGGUCUGACUGUUUUGCUUGAAGCUGUGCUGGUUUGUUUCAAGUCUGUUUUUAUUUCUGUAUUUGGGAGAACCGGACAGCAUUCCGUUCACAGGAAACAUUCAGGAGACGCAUUUCCACCCCUCCCAUGAAAGUUGUACCUUCCUGUGGACUCUACUCUCUGCUGAAGUGGUCUUUUUUCACUCUUCUCUUUGUAUUUUAUGUUUCUGCAUAAUGUUCUCGCUGCACUGGGUGUGACUGUAAUGCUCUGAUCACAUGUGGGAUUUGGAUGAAUUGGGUAUUUAUUCUUGUUCCCCUUCAAUAAACUG